CAUCAAAAAAAAAUCUUUACAUUAAAACCCCAAUUGAUACCCCGAGUAAAAAUUUGGAAAUUUGUUCUUCACUUUCCAUAAAUAAAACCCAAAAAAAUAAUCUUAAAAAUGGAAACUUGAUUAUCACGGAUAACUAUUCCUUCCUUAUAAAUAUCACAAUAUCUCUUACCUUUCAUCUGAAAUCCUCACUUAAAACAAAAAUAUACGAUCAAUUGCAGAAAACUAGCGUUUUUAAUUCUUGAUAAAUUUUGGGGUUUUUUGUUCUUGUUAAUUUUAGGGUUUUAAAUUUCAACAACAAUGUCUGUUACGAAUCAAACAACGAACGAUCUUCGAGUUGCGAAGCUGUUAAUGCUGAAACUCGGCGAAACGUUUCAGGAUUUCCAGGCGAAAUCGUUUCCAAUGCUUGCUCUUUCAAAACAAUGGCGAACAUUGCAGGCAUCUUUCGUAAGGGUGAACAAAUCGAUCGAGGAGCGAGUCAAGGAGGUGGAGUCAAAGGAGAUAGAAAAUCAGUUUAUUCGAACAUCGCUUCAGAAUUUCAAAAAGGGGGUUGAAAUUAGGGUUAAGAAAUUGGAGUUUGAUGAGAGUUGGUUGAAAAGAAGAACCGAAGGAGUUGAAUUGAGGGAGAAGCAGAUUAAGGAUUGGUAUGAGUCGAUUGAGUUGGAGAAGAGAACAAUUCAAGAUCGGGUUAAGGCGGUUGAGAUUAUGGAGAGGAGGUUUAAGGAUGGGUUCGAGAAGGUUAAGGCUGUCGAGGAGAGGGUAAAGAAGGUGGAGGAGCGGGAGAGGGUUGUCGAGGGACGAGAGCGGGAGGUGGUCGUACGCGAAGAGGCGUGUGGUGUGAGGGAGAAGGAAGAGAUGGAGGAUAUUGAUGAGUUGUAUAGUGUGUUGUUGGUUAAAGAGAAGGAGAUUAAUGAGACGAAGAGGGUGUUGGGGUCGAAACGGAAGGAAAUCGAGGCGGGUUGGGAAGUGUUUAAGGAGAAAGAGAAGGAGUUUAAGGAGCAAUGCUUGUCGAUGGAGUCGGAAUCGAAGCGAUUGAGGGAGGAAAUUGAGGUGUUGGAGUUAAAAGAGGAGGAGGUUAAGGAGCGAUUCUUGUCGGUGGAGUCGGAAUUGGAGAGAUUGAGGGAACAAAGCGAGGCGUUGGAGUUGAAAGAGAAGGAGGUUAAGGAGCAAUGGUUGUUGAUGGAAUUGGAAUCGAAGCGAUUGAAGGAGAAAAGCGAGGAAUUGGAGUUAAAAGAGAAGGAGCAAUGCUUGUCGAUGGAGUUGGAAUGGAAGAAAUUGAGGGAACGAAGUGAGGCAGUAGAGUUGAAAGAGAAGGAGAUUAAGGAGCGAUGUUUGUCGAUGGAUGAGUUGGAAUCGAAGCGAUUGAAGGGUCAAAGCGAGGCGUUAAAGCUGAAGGAGAAGGAAAUUAACCAACGAAUGGAGUCGAAAGAGAAGCAAGUGAACAAGCGACUCGAAUUGAAACAGAAUGAACUCGAGUUGAAAGAGAAGCAAGUGAAUAGGCGACUCGAAUCGAAGGAGAAGCAAGUGAAAAAGCGACUCAAAUCGAAGGAGAAGCGGCUUGAAGAGCGUUGUAGGCAGAUUGAAGUCAAGGAGAAGAAGAUUAAUGAGAAAUUGGUGGCAAUGCAAGAGAAAAAGAAGCAAAAUGGUAGAAAGAGAAGACGUUCUUCAUACUAGAUAAUACAGAGUAUUAAGCUAAUUAGGGUCAUUUAAUUAGCGUCAAAAUUAGCUUUAAGUCAUUGACUCAUUGUAUUUGUGUUCUGUUUGAUUUGGGGCACUUCUUUUGUCUAUUCUUUUCAACUAUUGUAUGCUAAUUAGUACGGAGUACUGUUCGUUAUUAUCAAUACGAAGUAUGUU